GUGAUGACGUGGGCUGAAAGAAAUCCAGUGGAACUCGGAAGAGAAAGCGACUGUUCUAUUCUAAAUCAAGAGAUAGAAAUGAAAUCGAAGAUCUAGACCCCUGGCUGCCAUGGAGUCCGAGGGGAAUGUGCUCCGGGUGGACUUCCCAAACUUCUCCGGAACCCUGCUGCAGAAGCUCAACCAGCAGCGGCAGAGGGGCCAGCUCUGUGACAUCAUCGUAGUCAUCCAGGGACACCAGUACCGUGCUCACCGGGCCAUCUUGGCUGCCAGUUCGCCCUACUUCUGCGACCAAGUGCUCCUUAAAAACAGUGCCCGCUGCGUUUUACCUGACGUCAUGCACCCGUGCGUGUUCGAACGUCUCCUCCUCUCUUGCUAUACGGGCACCCUGCACCUACCUGCCGGCGAGGUGGUAGCUUUCCUCACGGCAGCUAGCUUCCUCCAGAUGUGGCACGUGGUGGACAAAUGCACUGAGCUCUUAGAGGUGGUAGGAAGCGGCGCUAGCACAUUAGUGCACAAGUCUUCUGGUGGGCUGAGGGACAGGUCUUUCCCUGGGGACAGCAGCUUCCACAGCCCUGGGGACGGCUCCAUGGGCCUGGAGGACGGCGGAGGAGGAGGAGCAGUGGAGGGCUUUGCUAAAAUGGAGAUGGACCAGCUUCUGGAGAACAGCUUCUCCCCACCCACUCUGGAGAACAACAGCACCCAGCCCAGCGGAAGCUGCUCGCCACUGGUCGACCACGACGGCUCAGGUAGCGAGGUCGCCAGCCAGGAUGGGGAUGUUGAGGAAGGUGGCGAGGGGGACUACCAGUACUCCAGACCGGCCUAUGUCCCACCCAGCAUCAUGGGCCACAGGAAAUGGGUCCACGUAAAGUCGGAAAGGCGCGCAGAUUGCAGGGGCGACGGGGCCCUCUUUAGCGGGGACCCUGCAGUCACUGACCCUGAGCAGCUGAAACUUACCCACUCCCAGGCCUCGGCCAGCAGGAGCUCUCUGGACCACAGCAUUGAUGAGAAACCGGUGGCUCAGCUGGAGGAGAGCCUGGAGGAGGACCCUCUUGACUUCUACGGUACCUCCAUAGAGGGCUUCUCCACCGACAAGGCCGACGGUACACCGCUUGGACUGAAAGAUGACCUGUUAGAAGGGGCAACCGGGGUUGAGGAGAGUGGUGGUGGGGGAGAAGGAACCCCUGGUGGCCUCCAGGAAGAGACCUCCCACUCGGGCUUCGCCUCAGUAGUCUACAAGCUGUACCCCUGCCAGUGUGGCAAGAGCUUCACCCACAAGAGCCAGCGGGACCGGCACAUGAGCAUGCACCUGGGCUUGCGGCCGUACGGCUGCGCCGUGUGUGGCAAAAGUUUCAAGAUGAAGCACCACCUGGUCGGCCACAUGAAGAUUCACACGGGCGUCAAGCCCUACGAGUGCAGCCUGUGCGCCAAACGCUUCAUGUGGCGGGACAGCUUCAACCGUCACACGUCCUCUUGCACCAGGGUCCAUCAGGCCCGGUGCGCCGUCAACGAGCAGGCCGCCCAGAUCUGCUGAUACCAGAUGUUAUUUCAAAACCACCAUUCACCUCGCCCCCCCCCACCACUAUCCCAUAUCAGUUUCACUGAACAGGCUGCUCAGAUGUGCCUGUCCAGGAUCAGAUUAAGACAGUGCUGCUUGGAUGACCACCUUCCAAUCAGUUUAACUGGAUUUAGAAUUAUAUAUCUGAGCAGCGGCCUGAGCCACCGACGCAUCACAUAUAACUGAUCCAAGAUCAGAAUCCUGGAAAGCUUUGUAGUCUAGUCAGAUCUGCUUGUGUGGAAUCAGAACCUUAGGUCUUGCGGUGUGUGGACUGCUAUACAGUGCAUUCUGAAAGUAUUCAGACCUCUUGACUUUUUCCUAAUUUUGUUACGUUUCAGCCUUAUUCUAAAGUGUAUUAAAUCGUUUUUUUUCCUCCUCAAUUUACACACAAGAUCCCAUAAUGACAAAGCAAAAACAUUUAUUAAAAAUAAAAAAGGUAAAUAUCAUAUUUACAUAAGUAUUCAGACCCUUUACUCA